AUGGUGAAGUACCGGUUCCACCAGUACCAUGUGGUGGGGCGCAUGAACCCCAGCCCCAACGACCCCACGCCCAAGAUCUACCGCAUGAAGCUCUGGGCCAUCGACCAAGUGCGCGCUAAGAGCAAGUUCUGGUACUUCUUGAGUCAGCUGCGUAGAGUGAAGAAGGCUCACGGUCAAGUCCUAGCGAUCAACGAGAUAUUUGAGAAGAAUCCGACGGUGGUGAAGAACUACGGGAUGUGGGUGCGGUACCAGAGCCGCACGGGGUACCACAACAUGUACAAGGAGUACCGCGACACCACGCUCAACGGCGCUGUGCAGCAGAUGUACGACGAGAUGGCCUCGCGCCACCGCGUGCGCUUCCACGGCAUCCAGAUCAUCAAGACAGCGGAGGUGCCGGAUGACAAGGUGAAGCGAGUCAACACGCUGCAGUUCAUCGGCGACAAGAUCCGCUUCCCCCUGCCCAACCGCUACAGGCGAUGGAGGGUGAAGGAGAGGGUGCGAUUGUAUCAGAAUGCUCUGCACUCUCGUUUGCUCUCAUGUAUCUGGCUCAAUAGUGCAAUGGAAUCAAUUCUGCUCUCUCCACUCCAUAGUUCACAGGGUAUUCCAAUUGGCUGUUGA